AUGAGAGAAGUAAUACCUAUUAGUUUAGAUCAAUCUUCAGAAUUAGAAUCUCAUGAAAUCAUACCGAAACGAUGUUCAAGGUGUAGAAUAAAACGAUAUAAAGAAUCUGAAGAUGAGCUUAUAAAGUAUGCAACGUGUUUAAGUUGUAGAUUGAAAAGAAAGAUCAAAAAGCCAAUAGACACUAUAGUAUACGAUGAUACAAAGACCUUUAAUGAUUAUCAUAGAUUUCUUCAACUUUUAAAAACAAAUUUAAAACAAGAUUUAAAUGAUAUUAAAUUUAAUACUAUAACUGAUCCAAAGGAAUUUCCAAGAUUUGAAUUUGAAGAUAUAUCAAAGAUUAAGGAUUUGAAUACUUUUUAUCUGAAUUAUAGUAAGAAAUUAACCGAGUUAUAUAUUAAACCAAUCAGUAUGGUUACUGGGUACAAGUUCCCCAUACGAGAUUAUCAUAAGGGAGGAUCGAAAACGAAAAAAAUUACUAUAAUGUUUGUUUGUUCACAAGACAAGACAAAGCAAAGAAAAUCACGUAGUAAAGAUAAAAGAAAUGUACUUAACAAAUUAAAAAUAUUUAAUUGUUUUAGUAAAAUUAAUUUAUGUUAUGAUUUGAUAUUAGGGAACUUGUUAAUAUCUUAUACUCAUAAAUCACAUAUUCAGUCAAAUAUAUCAACUUAUGAAAGAAAUGAACCAGAACAACAACAACAACAACAACAAAUACAUCAAGACUUAACACAUAUAGAUCACGUUCAAAGUAUUCAUAACCACUCUAUUCAAUCAAUUGCAGCAGCUGCGGCAGCUGCGGCUGAGGCGGCGGUUAAUACAAACUUGUCUAGAUCAGAUGACCUCAACCCAUCUUUAGAGUCCACACCUUCAACUAAUAGUAAUGUAAACAUAGAUGACAGGCUCAUCGACUCGUAA